AUGGGUUGUGGAUCAUCUUCGAGUACAAAACAAGAAAAUCAACCAAAAUCACAAUCUCAGAAAGGAGCGAAAGGAAAAGAGAGAAACGCCAGAAAGAAAGGUGAUUUUGAAGGUGUUAGAAGUAUAGAUUUCUCCGAGAACGCAUCUGAAUAUUAUGGCCAGACUCACAGAAGUCAUCCAGACACUAGUCGCUUCCCGGAUGGUAUAGCCUAUAUUUAUGGUUUUAAGGCGAAGCUAAAGCGACAGCUGAAGGAAUGCACCCAGAGAGGAAGUCUGGAGAAAAUUGAAGACGCACUUAAAAAGUAUGAAAAAUAUGACGGACCGGAAGAUGACGACUACUUCCGGGCAAUUGAUAGGCGUUACUUCCUGCAAGUGCAAAGAGGUUUAAGAGAUGGUAUGCGAAGACGACAUGCGGGAACUUUGACAGAUGCUAUAAAUAAUGCGAAGAACUCACCAUAUCAGAAUAAGCUACGCACACAUAUCGCAGCUGCCGAGAAACUACGAGAUCAUAUCGUGGAAUUAGAAAUUCAUACGCACGAUGUGUUAGAUAUGGAACAAAAAACUGUCAGUGAAAUAAAGAGCUAUCAGAGACCUCCAGACUGUAUAUUCUAUACUAUGAAAUCUACCUAUGUUUUACUAAAUACAGAUCCAGACAAAAUGCAGGAUUGGGGUGAUAUACAAGGUCUGAUGAAUCAAACAAAUAAAAAUGGUUUAAUGUAUAAAGUAGAUAAUUUUGAUUUAGAUGAUGCUAAACUAGACAAUGCUUUAAAAGCCGAGAAGAUUUUAGAUAACUGUGAAUAUGGGGAUGUAUUAAAAGCUAGUAAUGGGGCGGCGAUUUUUUACUUGUGGGCCAAUCAAAAUAUCAACCAGAUUAAAGAGGAUAAUAAGAAAACUAACAAUAACAACAAUUCUAAUAAACGAAAGAAACGAUAA